AUGGCGCCUGGUACCCACCCAGUGUACCUGGUACCCGCCCAGUGUACCUGGUACCCGCCCAGUGUUUUGAGAAAGGGGGCAGGGCCAAGUGGGGCUGUUGCCCAGCGAUGCAUUUUUGCAUCCAUCAGCGAGGCUUCUGAAUGGCCGUUGUGGUUUGCCUAUUCCUUCUUGGUGAAGUGCCUGAUCACCCUCUCCACAGCCUGCCUUCUCAUUCUCAUCCUGGCCUUUCACAUCAAAGAGUUCCAGCUUUUCAUGCUGGACAACUCCUUGGACGACUGGCGGAUCGCAGUCAGCGCCUCCAAGCUGGGCCUGGCGGUGCUGGAGCUCUUGGUCUGCUCCCUUCACCCGUUCCCCCUGGGAGAGUCCCCCUGCCUGGACCCGAAGCCCACCAAGACGUUCGUCUUCCUCUCGGACACCGACAUGAUCCUUUCCCUGCUCAUGUUCCUCCGGCUCUACCUGGUGCCUCGGGCCGUCCUCCUGCGGAGCAGCGUGCUGGGGGACGCCUCCUACCGCAGCAUCGGCUCCCUCAACAAGAUCCACUUCCAGUACCCCUUCGUGCUGCGGGUGAUGGUCAACAGCCAGCCGGGGCGGGUGCUGCUCAUCUUCACCGUGGGGCUCUGGGUCAUCGCCUUUUGGGUGCUGUCCGUCUGCGAAAGACAACACAUGGAUGAUGAAGACUACCUGGGCAGAACGGUUUGGCUGAUUCCCAUCACGUUCCUCACCAUUGGCUAUGGGGAUGUGGUGCCAGUAACGGUGUGUGGCAAGAUGGUGUGCCUGUUCACUGGUGUUAUGGGGGUGGGCUGCACCGCUCUUCUGGUGGCCGUGGCUGCUGAUAAGCUGGAGUUCAACCGGGCGGAGAAGCACGUCCACAAUUUCAUGAUGGACAUCCAGUGCACCAAAGAGAUGAAAUGUUCAGCUGCCAAUGUGCUGCAGGAGGCUUGGCUGCUGUACAAGCACACGAAAAGGAAGGACGGGCGAAGGGCGCGCCAGCACCACCGGAAGCUGCUGUCGGCCAUCCACACGUUCCGGCAUGUGCGGGUGAAGCACCGGAAGAUCCGCGAUCAAGUUAACGCAUUGGUGGACGUUUCUAAGAUGCAAAUGAUCAUGUGCGACCUCAGCUCCAGCCUCAGCAACUCUCACCGGGAGCUGGAGAAGCGGAUCGAGGCCUUGGACAGCAAACUGGAGGAGGCCUUGAAGCUGCUCUCGGCCCUGGUGGAGUCCAAGCAGCAGGGCCUAUGA